UAUUACGUCAUUAUCAUGUGGUUAAUGUGUGAAGCAGUAAAAGGUUAACAUCUGGCAGUUAAUCAAGGAUGUUUUACGGGGCAUUAACACGCUAAGUGUUCUAGUAACAGGGCCCGCGGCGCGUGCUGAGAGAACAUCUGCCUCUGUUUCUCCCCCAAAUGGUGUUUGCGAACCAGUAAAUGGGAUAAGGCCGUUGAGGUCGGCAUAUUAAUCAACGCACCAUCUUGGAUUCUAGGAAGAAAGAGCAGCUGGAUUGUUAGAACACUGAGCUUAGAAUAUCGCGGGGAGAAUUAUAACAUCUCCUGGGCUAGGAGAUGAGUGCAGCAGUCGACCUCCUUGCAGACCAUAAUAUGAAGGGGGACAAUAACAGCAUUUCUUACUCCAACUGCGUCUUCGGUUUGUGAGAAAUGGGAUAUUGUUUGUCCUUAUCCCAGUGCUAAACCCAGACGCCAUACUCGAUUGUGUGCCAAUUAAGAGAAUACCUUGAACACCAGGGAGAUAUAAGAGAGAGGAUUGACUACAGGCGGCUAAACAGAGCUACUUUUCUUGUCUAUAAAAAAAGAGGUUGUUGGUGUGACAGCAUGUUGAGCACGAGACAGGAGACCUACAGCAUACACACCAUUUAAUUUGUGUGUGACUUAAUCUGAGUGCUGGUUGAGUCACUACCUGAAGGAGAUCAAAUAGCGUAAAGUGCAGCGUUUACGAAUACAAAACGACAUUCUUCACCCGGGAAUUUUAUUGUCACUUAAGUAUUAACAGACAGCAGCGUCGUGACGAGUGUACAAUUACUGGAGACAACAGAAAAAAAACAUUUUACGUAUAUUUCCAAACUAUCAUUUGCAGCCUUGAUGCAUAUUCACUUUAACUGGUACUAGCAGCUGAUUGCUACUGUGGUUACAAUUGCCUUUGAUCGAUUCGAAUUCUUGGAGGAUAUAAUUAACUGUCAUCAACAUUUUUUCUAUCUCUUAUUAAUUGAAAGUUAUAGACUUUCACUCGGUGCUUGUAACUUUGGAUGCCAUACUCAAAAGUUUAGUUUUGCUCUUCCAUUUUGUACAAAACAAUCGGUGCUAAAAGAUUUGAUCAUCCGUGUCAAAUUAUAAAACGAUCUUGACGCUUUUUCAAAUCUUUGCUGUAUCUUGUGGUCGGGCUUGUCUUGCAGAGGAAGUGCUAAUUUUGAAAUGCACGUGUGAAUUCAAACUUCGAGCAAUUUUCAUCUAAAUGAAAUAUUGCGUGUACUUUUAACGUAUGCAAUCAAAAAGUAUCAAUCAACUUCUGUUAAAUCACUGGGAUUUUUAUACUAAGUGGACAUUGCAGGUGAUUCGCAUCGAUUUCAACCAUGAGGUGUCUCUCUCUCUACACACUCUCUCGAGCAUGCAGACCAUUCCUGAAGCAUCAAGUUCUUAUGUUAUUUAUAGUAACUGCGAUAAUUUGUAUCUACUUGAACAUAUUUCAUUUACGGCAUAAGCAUGCUAAAAAGUAUGUUUUAUCUCUGUCAAACUAUUCAUGGCAAUGGUUGAAGGGUUCAGGCCAAGGUCCUAAUCAAACCGAUGCCCAGGCAUGCAUGUAUCCAGUAUUAGACCCGUAUAACCCCAAGAUGAUGGCCUACUUUAAGAAAGUGUCACCCGUGAAAUGUGGGAUUGGCGAAAAUUGGGUGUAUACAGAAAACGGCACAUUUCGCAUUUCAAAAUCAGCGUCAAAGAAUUACGGAGACAUAGGAUGCUUUUAUAGAACUGUAACUCGAGGGAAAACUGACUUUGAGGUUCAAAAAGGCCCGCGUGUGCGUUUUAAAGAUGGAGACCCUUUAAAGACUGACUUUGCCAUUGUACAAUGUCUUUCCCCUAAUGGGAAAAAGUUUGAAACUAUUCUCUCCGGCAUCUCGUAUCAGCCUGAUCUUCAUGCCAGAUAUAAGCCAUCAAUGCUAUCAAACUCAUCCAUGGGAUUUAAUGUUCUUAUGUUCGGAUUUGACUCAGUAUCAAGAAUGACAUGGAUUAGGAAUUUAAAGAAAAGUUACGAUUAUUUCACCAAAGAGUUAGGUGGCAUCGUCUUGGAAGGAUAUAAUAUAGUUGGGGACGGAACACCGCAAGCUCUUUUGCCAAUUCUGACUGGGUUUACAGAACCGGAACUACCCGAGGCUAGACGAGGAAAGCCGAAUGCUAAACAAGUUGAUGGGUUUCCUUGGAUUUGGAAUGAAUUCAAGAAACUCGGUUACGUCACUCAGUGGGGAGAAGAUAUGUCCGGCGCCGGUACAUUCCAAUAUAGGAUGCUGGGAUUUAAAGAAACACCAACCGAUCACAACUUACGACCAUUUUUUUUAGAAGGAGAAAAUAAUUACGAAAAAUCUAAUUGCUUUGGUGCUAUCCCUACUCAUAAGAAUAUGAUGAAUUGGGGGAGAGACAUGUUUUUAAUGUAUAAAGAUAAACCAAAGUUUUCAUAUUUAUUCCAUUCCAAGUACAGCCACGGGCAUACGUCACAACUACAAGUAGCAGACGAUGACUUGUUGGAAUUCUUGCAAUGGUUAGAGAAAGGCAGGUAUUUAGAUGAUACUAUCUUGAUUUUGAUGGCAGAUCAUGGCGCGCGAUUUACUUUCAUAAGAGACUCAGUUCAGGGAAAGUUAGAAGAACGCAUGCCAUUUUUCUCGUUCCGCUUCCCAAAGAGUUUCAUUGAAAAGUACCCAAAAGCCUACGCCAAUGUGAAGAAAAACUCCAAAAUCCUUACCACCCCCUUUGAUAUUCACGAGACAUUCAUAGAUAUGAUAAAUCACACUGGCACUGGAGUUGCAGAUAUACGACGGAGAGGGGUCAGUCUCUUCAAAGAAAUUCCUAAAAGUAGAACCUGUGCGCAUGCGCAAAUUGAAGCUCAUUGGUGCACGUGCUUGAAUUGGGAAAAGGUUGACAAAGUAGAUGAAAAUGUGAAAAAAGCCAUAAGUGCUGUAAUCGAAAAAUUAAACUCCAUUAUAGAAACACAGAGUCACCUCUGUCAUGAACUUGAGUUGGGAAACGUAUCUCAAAUUGUUCGUUACAGCGGGCCAAAUGAAGCGGUCUUGAAGUUCAAGCAGAGCGCUGAUAAUGACGGA